AUGGACGUGAAGGCCCCCAAGGGGUCCCACCAGGGUAAGAAGAGUAAGAACAGGACCGAGGAGAAGUUUGCCAGGAAGUUUCCGUACAGGCCCCAGACUCUGUCCUGUGAGGCCCAGUGUGGCAGAUGCACGUGGCAGAGUGGCCCUUAUGUUUUCCUGGCUGACGGAGACCAACGCGGAGCCCCUGCAGCCCUGGGAGGUCACGAAGACGAGCAGCUCGCUGCGGAAGCAGCUGCCCCUGCAGAAGACGUUGGUGCCCACGAGGUCCGUCCCGGUCAGAGGGUGAGUCUCAGGCCGGAUGUCACCGGCGCCGCCUGCGGACCGCGCCACCCGGCCUUCCACCUGGUCCACACAUGAACACACCACGUCCAGGCUGAGGAAACUGGGGCCCCGGGGAGACACUAGAGCCCGCGGUCCCUCCCGCAGCCGGCAGGGCAGCUCAGGCGGGCCUGGCCUCACCUGGGGCCUCGUCCACGGGUGGGGAAUCAGGGCCGAGCGUAGAGUGGGUUGGAGGGGCCGGCAGGGGACCCGAACUGGGCAGCGCGCGCGCGCGCACGCACAUACACACACACACACACACACCGGGGGUGGGGGGACGACACGUAGCGAAACACCCAGACACCCUGAUAAGGACCCUGCACGUGCAAACCUAAAGACGCACAGACACACCCACUCGCCCUAAACCGGGACUGGCACUCAGGUGUUAGACAUAGAAGGGCCUCCCCGCUGCCCCCCAGGACCCCAGCCCCAGGCCCACGGACUGCGACUCCUCCAGCAAAGAGACGCGAGUGGGCACGCAGGUCCUCAGUGCCGAGGCCGGUGUCUGUUCCGAACCGGGAGGCCCCUGGCUCCACACUCCGUGUAUAACCCUGGCGAGUCACAAAGAUGCACACCCUCCCCUGAACGGACACCCCGAGAGGCAGCGCACACGUGCACACCCGCACACGCACCCCCACAGAAGCGCAGAUGGUGCCCAUCCCCCACCCACGCUGGCCCAGGCUGUGGUCCUGCGUCUCAGCACCCCUCCCUCACUGACGGGCUGGGGGCACAGGUGUCGCUGGGUCUCAGCUUCUCCUGUGAAGGGUCAGGCAAGUCACGGUCCUGUGCUGGCAGUCAGGUUGUGCGUGGCCGGCUCCUUUGUGCUGGACGGAGGGAGUCUGAGGCCUGCCCCCCUGGACUGCCCUCCCUCACACCCUGAGCCCCUUGCAGUGGGUAGACCACCAGGUGCUAAAGGCCAGCGCUUAUUUGAGGGGUAAUGGGAGCCACUUAAGUCUGGGAAACAGGAGUGGGAGGGUGGCCUCACGUGGAGCUGGGGAGGGUGGUCCAAUGGCGGAGUGGGGAGCCUGGUCCACGGGGAGCAGGGAGCUUGGUCCAAUGGGGAGCUGCGGAGGGUGCUCCACUGGAGGAGGUGGGGAGCUUGGUCCAA